ACAUCAUUUCCAUAAACACCACAGAGCACACUUCCAAUAAGCAAACCAAAUCAAACACACAACCAAACCUUCUUUAUUCAUGAUUUCCAACCAAAUCCACGCGUUUCGCUCUGCAUUUCGCGUUCUCAGAUAUCCAUGCACAAACUCACCAAACGCGCGUCCUUUGCUUUUGCUUCAUCCUAACACACCAACCACCCUUUGUUCUUCACUCACUGACGACUCCUUUUCCACACCAAAACCAAACCAGUUGGGCUACAAUCCUCCAGAGGAACUGUUCGAGCUGGAGGUGGAGCUCAAACCAAGCAAGGGUAAGUCUCAUGCACCAGAACCAAGGUCCUGGUUUGGUCCAAAUGGACAGUAUAUCAGGGAGCUGCCUUGUCCGAGUUGCCGAGCAAGGGGUUAUACACCUUGUACAGAGUGUGGAAUAGAAAGAUCAAGGCCAGACUGUCCAAAAUGUUAUGGAAAGGGUAUAUUGACUUGCCACCAAUGCUCUGGAGAUCGUGUUAUAUGGGAGGAAUCAAUUGAUGAAAAACCAUGGGAGAGGGCCCAUUCUAUUUCCCCACUCAAAGUGAAGGAAGAUGAUGAAGUUGACAGAUUAGACAUAAAGCUAGAUGUGAAGAAAAAAUCCAAGCGUGUUUACCAAUCACCACCUCCAGAAGUUGGACUGAAGAUUAGUCGUUCAUUAAAAAGUCUGAAUGCCAAAACUGGUCUGUUUAGCAACCGAAUGAAGAUUAUUCACCAGGAUCCCAAGCUUCAGGCACAGCGUGUGGCUGCUAUCAAGAAAGCCAAGGGAACUGUUGCAGCAAGGAGACACACUUCCAAAACUAUGAAAGCUUUCUUUAGUGAUCCAAUAAACCGACAGAAAAGGAGCAUGGCCAUGAAGGGAGUAAAAUUCUACUGCCAAAACUGUGGACGUGAAGGGCAUAGGAGAUACUACUGUCCAGAACUCAAGGAUACCUCUAUUGAUCGGCGAUUCACGUGUAGGGUCUGUGGGGAAAAAGGUCACAACAGAAGAACAUGUAGAAUGAUGGUAAGCCAUAGCAAUGAGAGACUGAUAAAACAGCACCAGUGUAGGGUCUGUGGGGAAAAGGGCCACAACAGAAGAACGUGUAGGACGUUAAGGAUAAGCCUUAGAAAGGGGAGAGUGAUAAAACACCGAAAGUGUAAAGUAUGUCACCAAUUCGGCCAUAACCGCAGAACCUGUCCUGAAGUUGUUCCUAGUAAAAGAAACACGGUCUCUCGAAGGCAAUACAAGUGUAGGUUGUGCAAGAAAAAGGGUCAUAACAGUAGGACAUGUCCAAGUAAGACAGAUGUUACUGAACAACCUCAAGAUUAAUAAUCACACAAGCAUCUCAAGCUGUCUUGUUGUGGACAAUAAUCAGAACAGGAAGAACUGUAUAUAUUGUGCUUGCCCUUGUUAUCUAUCUGCAACAGGACUUUUUGAGUAA